AUGGCGCAGGACAACGCCGCCUUCUGCGGUGUCCCCGAAGGGGUCCCAGAUGAGGAGGUGACACCCCCACCGGUGCCACCACCACGACGAAGACAACGAGGAGGAGGACAACCCGGUGGCCGCAAACGUCAACGUUACGUGGAGAAGGACGGGAAGUGCAACGUGCAACACGGGAACGUGCGGGAGACCUACCGCUACCUCACCGACAUCUUCACCACCUUGGUGGACCUCAAGUGGCGCUUCAGCCUCUUGGUUUUCAUCUUGGCUUACGCCGUCACUUGGCUCUUCUUUGGUCUCAUCUGGUGGUUCAUCGCUUAUUGCCGAGGAGAUCUGGAUCAUCUUGAAGACCACGCUUGGACCCCUUGUGUCAACAACCUCAACGGCUUCGUCUCCGCUUUCCUCUUCUCCAUCGAGACCGAGACCACCAUCGGUUACGGUCACCGCGUCAUCACCGAUAAAUGUCCUGAGGGGAUCGUCUUGUUGUUGCUUCAGGCCAUCUUGGGUUCCAUGGUCAACGCUUUCAUGGUGGGUUGUAUGUUUGUGAAGAUCUCCCAACCCAACAAACGAGCUGAGACCUUGGUGUUCUCCUCCCACGCCGUGGUGUCCUUGAGGGAUGACCGUCUGUGUUUGAUGUUCCGCGUGGGUGACCUGCGGGACUCACACAUCGUGGAAGCCUCCAUCCGUGCCAAGCUCAUCAAGUCCAAGCAGACACAAGAAGGAGAAUUCAUCCCCUUGGACCAGACCGACCUCAGCGUUGGGUUUGAGACGGGUGACGAUCGUCUCUUCCUGGUCUCGCCCCUGAUCAUCAGCCACGAGAUCGACGAGCGCAGCCCCUUCUGGGACAUCUCGCGGCACCAGCUGGAGAAGGAUGAUUUUGAGAUCGUCGUCAUCUUGGAAGGGAUGGUGGAGGCCACAG